UCAAACCACUGAACUAUCCCUCCCCAUUUGACUAGAGGUGGUUAAAGAAUUCAAAAAAAUUCUACACUCUGAAUAUAAAUAACUUGCCUCAUCUCAGUUUCUGCUACCCAUACAUGCCGGUGGUACGGGAUCAGGUCCAUAUGGAGGCUGAAUCUCCUGUUUCUUAUGGAGUCACUGGCAAGCAGGUGAUACAUGCUACUUUCUUUUCAGCUCUGAAGAUGUUGGAUGUUGGAAAAUGGCCAAUUUUUGCACUCUGCUCUCAAGAAGAACUGAAGUUAAUUCGUCAAGCCUGUAUAUUUGGCAGUGCUGGUAAUGAAGUGUUGUAUGCAACUGAAAAUGAUGAGGUGUUUGUGCUUGGCACCAACUGCAGUGGCUGUUUGGGAACAGGCGACAUUCAGAGCACAAUUGAACCACAGAGAUUAGAUACUUUAUGUGGCAAAAAGAUAGCCUGUCUGAGCUAUGGAAGUGGUCCUCAUGUUGUUAUUACUACUGCAGAAGGAGAAGUGUACACAUGGGGCCAUAAUGCUUAUAGUCAGCUGGGCAAUGGUACAACAAAUCAUGGUUUAGUUCCCUGUCAAGUCUCUACUAACUUGGUAAACAAGAAAGUAAUUGAAGUCGCCUGUGGCUCUCACCAUUCCAUGGUGUUAACAUCUGAUGGAGAGGUGUAUGCAUGGGGUUAUAAUAAUUCAGGACAGGUUGGAUCUGGUUCAACAGCUAAUCAGCCAAUUCCUCGAAGAGUUACCAGCUGCCUACAAAAUAAGAUAGCUGUUAAUAUAGCUUGUGGACAGAUGUGUUCAAUGGCUGUUGUAGAAAAUGGGGAGGUCUAUGUCUGGGGUUACAAUGGUAAUGGCCAGCUUGGAUUGGGCAGCAGUGGUAAUCAGCCAACGCCUUGUAGAAUAGCUGCUUUGCAAGGCAUUCGUGUGCAGCGGGUUGCCUGUGGCUAUGCACAUACAUUAGUGCUAACAGAUGAAGGUCAGCUGUAUGCAUGGGGAGCCAAUUCAUAUGGUCAGUUAGGCACUGGCAAUAAAAGUAACCAGUCUUACCCUGCACCAGUUACUGUUGAUAAGGACAGAGUUAUAGAAAUUGCAGCCUGCCAUUCUGUUCACACUUCUGCUGCUAAAACCCAGGGUGGCCAUGUGUAUAUGUGGGGUCAGUGCCGUGGCCAGUCUGUGAUUCUUCCACACCUUACGCACUUUGCCUGCACAGAUGAUGUGUUUGCUUGUUUUGCUACUCCUGCUGUGACAUGGCGUCUCCUAUCAGUAGAACCUGAUGACCACCUAACAGUAGCCCAAUCACUGAAGAAGGAAUUUGACAACCCUGACACUGCAGACUUAAAGUUUCUAGUGGAUGGAAAAUAUAUUCAUGUUCAUAAAGUCCUUCUCAAAAUUAGGUGUGAGCAUUUUCGUUCCAUAUUAAAUAACAAUGAUGAUGAUGUUAUAGAAAUGAGUGAAUUCUCUUAUCAAGUUUACCGAGCCUUCCUGGAAUAUCUGUACACAGACUGCAUCAGUCUCCCUCCUGAGGAUGCAAUAGGGCUGCUAGAUUUGGCAACAUUCUAUAGAGAAAAUAGAUUGAAAAAGCUUUGCCAGCAAACUAUCAAACAAAGCAUUUGUGAGGAGAAUGCAAUUGCUCUUCUUUCAGCUGCAGUCAAAUAUGAAGCUGAGGACUUAGAAGAAUUUUGCUUCAGGUUUUGUAUAAACCACUUGACUGUAGUUACACAAACUACAGGCUUUGCAGAAAUGGACCAUGACCUCUUGAAGAACUUCAUUAGCAAAGCAAGCAAAGUAGGAGCAUUUAAAAAUUGAAGAAUGCUUGCUGCAAAGGAAGAUUCUUUCAUCAUGGGAACAGUUCCCCUUUGAAAAACUUAUCAGCACUCAGAAUGCCUGAAAGAAAAGAGGACAACAUCCUUUAAAGUCAGUGUCACUGUCAAUGGGCAGAUUUAGUAAGCUUCCAAGUAAUGCACAAGCUUUGUGAAGAUGGGUGUUUAUAUCUAUUGUUUAUUCUAUAUUAUAAUCUGCCAACAACUUAGGUUUAAAAAAAAAUCCUAAUGGAAUAAUUGUUUUCUGUUAAAAUCAAGUGGAAUGGUCACUAUUUUCCAUUUGUAGUCCUUGUUUUUUUUUUGCAUGAAAUAUUUUCAAAAACAGCUCUUUAACAUCUUCAUCUGAGUUUACUGGAUAACAUGAAGCUGGCUGUUGCUAAAGCUUCAUUAUGCACCUUUAAGGUCAAUGAAAGUAAAUGUACUAAAGGAAGGUUCCUUUCUGGUUAAUUUAUCACACCCUCUAGAGAAGUGUUGAGAUAGAAGCUUGUUUUGCUAAAUAUAGGAUAAAGGAAUACAUCAUAAAAAUCCCUCUUAAAAGAACCAGUAAUACAAAGGAAAAGCCACAGAAUGGAUACUUUGUAAAUUAGGAGCAGCAAAGGCUCAAGAGAAGACUAUGCUGAAUUUAUUUAAAUAUGAAGGACUUAUUUUAAAGGGCUAGUUGUUAGUUCUUGGCUCUUAAAGUCAUUUUCUCAGACAAAAAACACUUUGUUCUUUUUUCCAAGGACUUUACGUCACCUUUCCAGUGGAACAGUAACUUCUAAUUGGUUUUGUCACGUAAUGAGUUAUUUCACUGUUAGUUUUGCUGCUCAGAAAUGCACCUCUUCACCUGCCAUGAAAAAGAAACUCAACAAAAAGGAAUUAUCCGUUGACUUUUCUGCCAGUGUUUACAGAUAAGACAGGUGCUCGACAUGAAUUUAUGUGUGUGGGAGGAGGGAUGGGGAAGUUAUAAAUCAAUUCAAUGAUUAAAUCAUGAAAGUUAAAAUCAGUCUUUUCAAGUGGUAACCAGGUGCCAUUCAAACACUUAUAGACUCAUAGACUCAUAGGUCAGAAGGGACCAAUAUGAUCACCUAGUCUGACCACCUGCACAAGGCAGG